AUGUUCGCUUCCGGGUAUGUAGGCUCCAGCAAGGACAUAGAGAAGCAGAAGAAGCUGGAGAAGCAGUCCGCGGCGUCGAGACAGGCGUUUCAGGAUGCCAAGGACGGGGUGCAACAUGGCCAGCACGUCCCAUCGGGGGAGGUGACGAAGUUCAACACCUCGGCGAGCAUCGAGCAAGCGGACGCGGCCUUCCGCAACGAGACGGUCGGGCUCGUGACCAAGGAGCAGUUCAUCGCCAAGCGCGACACCAUCGCGGACCGCCUUGCCGCGCGGGAGGCCGAGCGGAAGGCCCAGGAGGCGGACGACAAGAAGCGGGCGCAGGAGCGGCGGCGGAAGGAGCGGGAGAAGCGGCUGGCGCAGCAGAAGCUCUCGUUCCUGGAUGAGGAGGACGCGGAGGACGUCGACGCGCCCCCCGCCGCGCGCCCCCCGUCGGGCGCGCCCCCCCUGAAGCGGUCGCGCGUGGCCAAGGACCCGACGAUCGACACGAAGUUCCUGCCGGACAAGGCGCGCGAGGAGGAGGAGCGGCGGCUGCGCGAGGAGCUGCGGGAGCGGUGGCGGCGGGAGCAGGAGGCGCGGAAGGCGGAGAGGCUGGACGUGGUGUACUCGUACUGGGACGGGACGGGGCACCGGCGCAAGGUGCAGGUCCGGAAGGGCGACACGAUCGGGCGCUUCCUGAAGCUGGUGCAGGAGCAGCUGUCGCAGGAGUUCCGCGCGAUGAAAACGGCGCACAGCUCCGACAUGCUGUACGUCAAGGAGGACUACAUCAUGCCGCACGACGUGACCUUCCACGACCUGAUCGAGAACAAGGUGCAGGGGCGCUCGGGGCCGCUGUUCGCGUUCAACGCGUCGAACGAGGGCGCGCGCGCCGCGGACGUGGCGGCGGCCGCCGCGCAGCAGGAGAGCCACGCGGGCAAGGUCGUGGAGCGGCACUGGUACGACAAGAACAAACACAUCUUCCCGGCCUCGCGAUGGACGCUCUUCGAGAAGGACCGCCACCUCCCGCACCUCGUCCGCGAGUAG